AGGCAGGAUACUUUAUUUGAGGCCAGUAGAAAGUUGAUUCGUUCAUUCCUUUAUCUUGCUCUUAGCUCUCUGUCCUCCAUGCAAUAAGAACUCUGACCCCUUAAACUUUUGUCACUUUCCAGAGGAACACUUGGGUAGCUUUUUGUUGUACUUUCUACUCAAACAUCCAGAGACAUUCUUCACAGAACAGCCUUCAAAACAUUUCUCCUCAUGGGCCUCGUUCGCAAGCUACUAGUCGUUUGGAUCACGGCGAGCCUUCUCUUCCAGAAUUCAAGCAAUGUGGAAGGAAGAUAUCAUUACCACAAGAAGCUGACGAUUAUAAGCUCCCUUGCUUCUUCCCCUGACGCUCAAGGCCCUUCAUCCCCAGAUACUCCCCCCUCUGUUCCGUACCCAAAUGACCCCAGGAAUUCUAGUACAAACUGUGUUUUUGAUGUAACAUCUUUUGGGGCAGUCGGAGAUGGUUUUGCUGAUGACACCGCUGCAUUCACAGCAGCAUGGAAAGCAGCUUGUGCAGUAGAAUCAGGAGUGGUCCUAGCUCCCGCAGAUUUUUGUUUCAAGAUCACUCCAACAAUCUUCACAGGGCCAUGCAAGCCGGGACUGGUAUUUCAAGUGGAUGGGGUCCUAACACCACUGGAUGGACCAGAUUCGUGGCCAAAAGCAGAUAAACUCAAACAAUUGCUUCUGUUUUACCAACUUGACCAGAUGAGUUUCACAGGAAAAGGAACCAUUGAAGGGAACGGCCAGAAUUGGUGGGAUCUCCCAUGCAAGCCUCACCGGGGUCCUAAUGGAUCAACAGUGUCAGGACAAUGUGAAUCCCCUGCUUUAAUCAGGUUCUCCAUGAGCUCCAAUUUGGUGGUCAGCGGUUUGCAGAUGCAAAAUAGUCCUCAGUUCCAUAUCAAAUUCAAUGACUGUGGAGGAAUAUUGGUAGAAAAGUUGUCCAUCUCUUCCCCAAAACUUAGCCCCAAUACUGAUGGGAUCCACAUUGAGAAUACUAAGGGUGUGGGGAUAUACAACUCCUUAAUAGCCAAUGGCGAUGAUUGCAUUUCCAUUGGACCCGGGUGUUCAGAUGUUGAUAUAGAGGGUGUCACUUGCGGGCCUAGUCACGGGAUCAGCAUUGGAAGCCUUGGAGUGCAAAAUUCACAGGCAUGCGUUUCAAAUGUAACAGUUCGAAACGUAGUCAUCAAGGAAUCAGAUAAUGGGCUAAGGAUCAAGACAUGGCAAGGUGGGACGGGUUCUGUAACAGGCGUAUCAUUUGAGAACAUUCAAAUGGAAAAUGUUAUGAACUGCAUAAUCGUAGACCAGUAUUACUGCUCGGCAAAGGCUUGCUUAAACAAGACAUCAGCUGUACAUGUCGGUGACAUUUCCUUCAGGAACAUAAAGGGCACCUACGAUGUGCGCAGGCCUCCUAUACAUUUUGCCUGCAGUGACACUGUUGCUUGCACAAAUAUAACACUCUCAGAGGUGGAGCUGCUCCCAGAAGAAGGGGAGCUGGUGGAUGAUCCAUUCUGCUGGAAUGCUUAUGGAAAUCAAGAAACCUUGACUAUACCUCCCAUUAACUGCUUGCAAGAAGGGGAGCCUGAGACCGUCGUUGAGCAAUCCACAUAUAGUUGCUAAGAUAGGUGUUUUUGGUUUUUCUUGCUAAUUAAUUUACUAGAGAAAUGCUAGAUUCACGUAGAGAUAUCAUAAAAGUAAAAUUUAUAAAGGCUUAUUGUGGUACAAUAGUUAUAAAGUUUUUUUAUAUUCUAAAGAAAAUCUAUCAUAUCA